AUGGUGGCCAACAACCAAUACUUCUUCGCUCAUCAAAGAAACUGCCAACCAUCACAAAGGAGAGGAGUAAUGGAGCUAGAAGGAGUUGACACCCUCCUAGCUCAAAACAAGAUAAUGCAGGAGCAGAUUCAACAACAAUUUGAGCAGAUGGCUAAAAAGAUUGAUAGCCUGCAAGUUACAGCAGUGAAUACAAGCCAACCAUCAACCAAAUGGGGGCAAAAUGAAGAAAACCAAGAAGAUCAGCAGCAGGAACAACCUCAAUAUGUGCAUAACCAAAGCUCCGGCCAAAAUGAAGUCUAUGGUGACAUCUACAAUCCAUCCUGGAAGAACCAUCCAAACAUAAGAUGGGGAGAUAACCACACUCAAAAUCAGCAACCAUGGCAACGAAAUUCAAACCAAAACAACUCAAGAAACAACCAAAAUCACAACCAGCAAAAUACUAACCCCAAUCCAUAUAGAAAACCCCAAAACAACCACUCAAAUUCUAGCUACUGUCCACCCAAUAACCAAACCACUAACCAAAACACCCACCAUCAACCUUCAACACCCCACAACCAGCCACAAACAUCACAAGACACUCAAAGGAUCUCCAACUUGGAGACAUUGAUAGAAAAGAUGAUGAAGCACCAAGAGACAAUGAUGGAGAAACUCAUGAAAAAUCAAGAGAUGGCAAGACAAGAUCAAAAAGUAGCAAGAAAAGAUCAAGAAGCAGCAAGAAAAGAUCAAGCCACAACAAGCAAAAACCAAGAAGCUUCAAUCAAAAAUCUCGAGAGGCAUAUGGAACAAAUGGCUAAACGAAUUACAGAUGCAUCCCCAAGUGCCACUCAAGACCACCCAAGGGACAAAGGAAAAGCUACAAAGUGGGAGGAGUGUAAAGCAAUCAUAGUGGAAAGUGAGAAGAAAGCCAUUAAUCAGGAAGAACACAACAGAGAAGUUCCACAAAAAGAGACAGAAGAGAGAAGUGAAGAGGAUCAGAAAAUCAAGAAUGCAAAAAGCUCAAAGAGAGAUAAGGACAUUCUUGAAACACAACUACAAGAGAAGAAGGAAAGGAUGCCAGUGUAUGCCAAAUUUAUGAAGGAAGUGCUGACAAAGAAAAAGUCCCUAAAAGAAGGACAAAUUGUUGAGAUGACAAAGGAAUGUAGUGCUAUUCUCCAAAGAGAGUUACCAGAGAAGAAAGAUGAUCCUGGGAGUUUUUAUAUACCUUGCACUAUAGGAGACAUAACAAUUGAAAAGUCAUUUUGUGACCUUGGUGCAAGCAUAAACUUGAUGCCUUUGUCUCUAAUGAGGAAACUUCGAAUUUGUGAGCUGAAAUCCACACGAAUACUCCUUCAAAUGGCUGACAAAUCCAUCCAGCAAGCAGUUGGAGUUGUAGAGAAUGUGCUGGUAAAAGUGGGAAAAUUUCUUCUCCCAGCUGAUUUUGUCAUUCUGGAUAUGGAGGAGGACCCUAACACCCCCAUCAUCCUAGGGAGGCCUUUUCUUGCUACGGGCAGAGCACUGAUAGAUGUUGAAAAAGGGGAAUUGUUGCUGAGAGUGCAUGAUGAGCACCUAGCAUUCCAUGUGUUUAAAACCCCACAUGAGCCCACUCAAGAAGAAGAGUAUACGGAGGAUAAGGCCAGAGAUCAAAGUUUGAAGGAGGUAGUCAAUGAGUUAGCUCCAAGACUUCCAAAUCCAUGCUUGAAAGAAGUAGAGAUGGUGCAACAGACCAAAGAAAUCAAGGAGGAACUAGAUCCAAAACUUCCAGAUGAGAAAUUCAACAUCUCAGAUAAGGAACCACCAAGGCAGGGAGUGAAGAAAGCUUGGAGAAAGUUUGAUACAAGAAGGAAGGGCUAG